AUGCUCUAUUACCUCACUGCUGUUGUCUUUGGCAUGGUGGGGUUGACUUACGCGGCUGUACCAUUGUAUAGAACAUUCUGCCAAGCUACUGGCUAUGGAGGUACUAUUCAACGCAAAGAGACUGUUGAGGAGAAGAUUGCUAGGCAUUCAGAAUCUGGUACCGUCACUGAAAGGGAGAUUGUGGUGCAGUUCAAUGCUGAUGUUGCAGAUGGGAUGCAGUGGAAGUUCACUCCAACGCCAAGAGAGGUGAGGGUAAAGCCAGGAGAAAGCGCACUCGCCUUUUACACUGCUGAAAACAAAUUAAAGUUCGUCUCCCAUAACCGGAGUCUCGACAUACAAUGUCACUCCCAUGAAGGCAGGAGUUUAUUUCAACAAGAUACAGUGUUUUUGCUUCGAGGAGCAGCGACUUCUUCCCGGAGAGCAAAUCCACAUGCCGGUCUUCUUCAGAACAUUGAUCCAGCGUUUGAAACCGAUCCAAGAAUGGACGGAAUCAAUAACUUAAUACUGUGUCUUACACUUUCUUUAAAGUGUCCGAGGAAACUAGUACAGAUACGGACAACAAUAACAGCUCUAUCGUAG